AUGUCCGAUGCACACGCAGAAACCCGUGCCAGUUCCCGCAAGAGACCUGCGUAUCCUCGGAAACGAGCUGCCCAGGCCUGUUUAACAUGUCGUCAGCGACAGACUAAAUGUGACAACGAGAAGCCAGCCUGCAAUUCUUGCAAGAAGCUGGGGAUAGAAUGCGUCUACCAUGAAUUCGAAAAGGCUUGUUUCGAUGCAGCCAGUCUCGCCAUACUACGGAGGCUGGACGAGCUGGAAAGUGUAGUAAAAGGUAGCCGCCCGCUACCUGCUGCUCCUCAGCCGAGCUUGGACUUUGCUUCGUCGCCUUUCCCAACAACCGAUAUCGACUGGAUCAACUCCUUUGAAGUUCGUUACGUCAACCGCGAUGUGAUCCUCCAAUGGCCAGUCUGGAAAACCGUCGAUGUGGACAGUCCAUCACACGAAUCGCCCGCGGCUAUCUCUCCAGGGAUCGACGUGGUCUCCCGCCCUCUCCUCGUAUCAGACGUGAAUGUUCAGGACACCUCCAGACUACUCGACAUUUUCUUGUCCGUUUACCACAUAUUCAACCCGGUCUUGGAUAUCGCGACAAUUGAAGAACACCUCCUCGUAUUGGCUCUAGGCACGACCGCAGAUCAUGAAAACGGCGUGGCACAGACGUCUCUGUCCGUUCGACAAAACGAACAUUUCAGCCGAGCUGAGGCGUUCUUCGUUGCGGCGCAAAGGCGAAUGGGUUUGCUACUGUCUAAUAGUGGCAUUGCAGAAGCUCAGUGCUUCUUCCUAGCUGGCGUGUAUCUGAUGACUAUGAUGCGACCAGCCGAUGCCUGGAAGAUGUUCACGCGGGCUUUGUCGAGCUGCCAUACGUUCCAAUUAUCUUGUCGCGACGCCAGCCCUGGAGCUAUUCGCCUGCAACAGACCAUUCAUUGGGCAUGCUUCAAGUCUGAACUUGAGGUGCGGUUGGAGUUAGGAAUCAGCAAGACGAGUGCAUGGGAUCUUCGCUUUCCAGAUCUCUUUCCCGACCCUCCCGAGUCCAUACAAUCCCAUGGAGAGCCUGCUUGGUAUUUCUACCUAGCUGAAAUAGCACUUAGACGAUUAAACAACCGCAUACUAUCGGCGACAUGCUUGGAUGACCAGAAUACUGGCAACGUUGCGGAUAAAGUGGCGACAACCCUGGAAUUCGAACGACAAGCUCACAGCUGGUCUCUUCCACCGAGCCUACGACCGGCGAUAGACGAUGCCAGCGACGUUGCUUUCGACUUUGACGAGAACGGGCAGUUAAGAUUCAUCCUCAGUGGCCAUUUGAUAGACUGCUUGGAGCUGAUGUACUGGCCUUUCAUAUACGCCGCUGUGCAUGGGCAGCUUGGAGAUGACAGGGACUCCCACAUGCUGGCCUCGCGAGGUCUCGACUUCUGUGUGCGGAGAAUCAAGAUCAAUAAGUCGGGGUUCUUCUAUCAGCAUCAUGGUACAUGGUUGAUGCUGCAGUCUUGCACACGAAGCGCGCUUGUAUUAAUUGCUGCAGCGUACGGAGGCCUACAUGAUAAGCUUCCACACGACUGGAAAGAUAGUGUUGGGGAUGUGGUGAAUCUUCUGAAAUACUGGGUUGAUGAAGUGCCUGAAUUCAAGAGGAUGAUUGAGAUUCUCGCUACUUAG